CCGGUCGUCGAUGUUUCAGUUUCCUUGACUUUUCAACUAUAAGUGUAAAUGGGAUCUUAUCACAAAUAAAUAAACUGCAAGAUUUGUCCUUGUGUGGGGUGCCAACCGUGGAGCGACCUAAGCUCCGGCCUAUGUACGUCGAGUUUUCCCUGCGAAGUCCUACUAUAAUGGCAUUUUGGCUGCUCAACGGCUUUGAAACCGACAGAUCGUACUGAGUAGCCAGUAAAAGAAGAUGGAGCGUGGUUCUUCGGCAAGUUGUAUGAAGGCUAACCGAGUAUACUCGUCGAAAAUAGGGUAACGCCAGCAAGUCCCAAACCGAGCUUCCCAAAACGGAAUUAUUUCAGUCGCCUAAUUCAGCAACCCUAGCGAGUUUCAAAAUUCCAGUUAAAUACAUCGGAGAGACGUUGCGCCCGAAAAGCCACAGGUCGGUAUAACAAACUGGGUGAAUCUUCAAACCGCCCGUCUCUGCAAGUCGCAUCGGGAAGACUAGCCGAAGGUACUCAGCAUAGGGGUGUGCCAGCAAGUCUCAAGACAAGACAAUGGCUGACAAGCGUGUCAAAGUGGAUUAAAUUUCUGUCAACUAAAUCAGGAAAACUAGCAAGAUCCAAAAACCUGUUAAACGGAGACGGCAUUGUCCGAUGAACUUGACUCAGGUUCCUAUAUCGAGAUGGAUCAAAGCAUAGCAUACAAGUCAACAAAAUGCAAGAUGUAUUCUUUGUUUGUUCAUUUCCGGCUGGUCGUCGUAUUUGUCAAGCAACGGUUGCCGUACUGUCUACUUUCAUAGCUAUGUCUUACGUGGAUUCACCCACGGGGGGUCACCGCCGGGCUCCGCGGUACGACGACUACGCGCCUCGCACCAGGGAGUACUCGGAUGACACCGAUAGAUCCCGAGGUUAUUCUGGACGUAGGGAUCGUCCUCGGGAAUCCAAUGGUUAUGGGCGUGAUGACGACCGCCGUCCGUCGUACGGUAGCCGUUACGAAAGUGCUGGUCCGACGAGGUAUGCGGGUGAAGUUCGUGGGCGCGGACCGAACGCUGGUGUUGUUCCGAAACCUUCACGCAUACUUGGUGUCUUUGGCCUUUCUCUGCGUACUGAAGAGCGCCAUUUAUACGAUAUAAUGAGUGCGUAUGGUCCUUUAGAGGAUAUCCAGAUUGUUUAUGACAGUCUUACAGGUCGCUCUCGAGGCUUCGCGUUUGUUUAUUUCCAAUCUUUGGAAGACGCACGUGCUGCGCGAGCUGCUUGUGCGCGUGGACUGGAGCUGCACGAUCGCGUUCUCCGUGUUGACUACAGCUUGACCAGUGCCCCUCAUCAGCCAACCCCCGGCGUUUACAUGGGCAAAGAUAAAAGACGUGGAUUCUCGGAUCGAAAUAGACGCUUUGGAUACAGCGAUCGACGCGCACCUCGUUCUGGACCAUACCGCCGCUCAAGGUCACGUUCUCGAUCUGUUCACCGGUCGCGUGUGGAUUCGAGUAGCAGGUCGCGCAGCCCGCCUCGGGAUAGCUUUGCUCGCCUACCAAAAGAUGACUGGUCGGAUCGGAGCCCGUCACCACGAUAAUCAGAACACUUCUAACGCCUAUGUUCAUGUUUUCGCAUUUCAAACAAAAUAGAACGUUC